AUGGGUGUGGAUCCGAGACAGGUGUUGGCGGGAGUGCUUACUGUUACAAUGUUCGUAAUGCUUGGAAAUAUGAUCAAGCGUGACCACUUUGAUUCUGUUCAGACAGCUGUUCACGAGACAACCAAGGCUUCUGAGAAUGGCCAUUUUAGUGUUUCAAAACAGGCUGAAGGGCUUUGGAAGCACGAAGGCUUAGCACUAAAGCCAUGUUGGGAUAAGCCAGUUUUGGAGGACACAGAGGAAUCUCAAGGGUAUGUAACCUUCUCGUUAACUAAUGGCCCCGAGUAUCACGUCUCGCAGAUUUCCGAUGCAGUGGUGGUGGCUAGAUAUCUACGUGCAACUCUUGUACUCCCAGACAUUAGGGGAAGCAAGCCCGGUGAUAAGAGGAACUUUGAAGAUGUUUAUGAUGUUGAAAAGUUCAUAACGAGCCUUGAUGGUGUAGUGAAAGUCGUUAAAUCUCAGCCUGCUAAAUUAUCAGCACGAAAUCUUGCAGUUGUUAAGGUCCCCAAUCGGGUUACUGAAGAGUACAUUGCAGAAAAUAUUGAACCAGUCUUCAGAAGCAAGGGAAACAUUAGGCUAGCAACUUACUUCCCUUCAGUAAACAUGAAAAAGGAAAAGGAAAAAAGUAAGACUGACUCUAUUGGAUGUUUGGCAAUGUUUGGAGCCCUUGAGCCACAGACAGAAGUUCGUGAAGUUGUUGACUCGUUAGUUAAUCGCCUAAGGACCUUAAGUCGGAAGUCAAAUGGACAGUUCGUGGCAGUUGACCUUAGGCUUGAUAUCUUGGAGAAAAAGGGCUGCCAUAAAAAUAGUGGAUCAAAAAGCUGUUAUGGUCCUGAAGACAUCGCACAAUUUUUGAGGAAGAUUGGCUAUGACAAAGGCACAAUAGUAUACGUGACUGAAUCAAAAUGGGACAGCAGCCUUGACAGUUUAAAGGACGUCUUCCCAAAAACUUAUACAAAGGAAAGUAUAAUGCCCAUGGAUAAAAAAGAUAAGUUCCUUGCCUCUGAAACUUCUGAAUACGAGAAAGUUAUCGACUACUACAUUUGUUCUGAGAGCGAUGUUUUUGUACCUGCCAUUUCUGGCCUGUUUUAUGCCAAUGUUGCUGGUAAGAGAAUUUCUACAGGCAAGACUCAGAUACUUGUUCCAGCAAGCAUUCAUGGUUCGUCCGCAUCUUCUGGAGAUUUCAUAUCUCAUUAUGUCUCAAAAAAGAAUCAUUUUGCCUAUUCGUGUUUCUGCUAG